AUGCUGACCGGGGUGACCGAUGGGAUCUUCUGCUGCCUGCUGGGCGCACCACCCAACACCGUGGGGCCCCUGGAGAGCGUGGAGUCCAGCGAUGGCUACACCUUUGUGGAGGUCAAGCCAGGCCGCGUACUGCGGGUGAAACACGCCGGGCCCGCCCCGGCCCCUACCCCGCCGCCGCCACCAGCGGCAUCCCCGGAUGACGCCCAGGAGGACCGUUCCGGCCUGGUCCGUUGUCAGCGUCGGAUCACCGUGUACCGCAAUGGUCGGUUGCUGGUGGAGAACCUGGGCCGCGAGCCACGAGCUGACCUCCUGCACUGGCAGAAUGGCUCAGGGGAGCCGCCCACCGCCCUGGAGAAGCGGACCAUCCACAUUGACUGCGAGAAGCGCAUCACCAGUUGCAAGGGCGCCCAGGCUGACGUGGUGCUCUUUUUCAUCCACGGGGUGGGCGGCUCCCUGGCCAUCUGGAAGGAACAGCUGGACUUCUUUGUGCGCCUGGGUUACGAGGUGGUAGCUCCUGACCUGGCAGGCCACGGGGCCAGCUCAGCUCCGCAGGUGGCUGCCGCCUAUACCUUCUACGCGCUGGCGGAGGACAUGCGCGCCAUCUUCAAGCGAUACGCCAAGAAACGCAACGUGCUCAUCGGGCAUUCGUACGGCGUCUCCUUCUGCACAUUCCUGGCCCAUGAGUACCCAGACCUGGUGCACAAGGUGAUCAUGAUCAACGGCGGGGGGCCCACGGCACUGGAGCCCAGCUUCUGCUCCAUCUUCAACAUGCCCACGUGCGUCCUGCACUGCCUGUCCCCCUGCCUGGCCUGGAGCUUCCUCAAGGCCGGCUUCGCCCGCCAAGGGGCCAAGGAAAAGCAGCUACUGAAGGAGGGCAACGCAUUCAACGUAUCGUCCUUCGUGCUGCGUGCCAUGAUGAGCGGUCAGUACUGGCCCGAAGGCGACGAAGUGUACCACGCCGAGCUCACCGUGCCAGUCCUGCUGGUCCACGGCAUGCAUGACAAAUUCGUGCCAGUGGAGGAGGACCAGCGCAUGGCAGAGAUCCUGCUGCUGGCCUUCCUGAAGCUCAUUGAAGAGGGCAGCCACAUGGUGAUGCUCGAGUGCCCGGAGACUGUGAACACGCUGCUCCACGAGUUCCUGCUGUGGGAGCCCGAGCCCACGCCGCAGGCCCUGCCCGCGCCCCCAGAGGAGAAAAAGUAG